AUAAACCUUUCAUAAUGGCUUCAAUAUUAGAAAGGGGCAGUAUUUUUAAAAUACAAUAAGAGCACAGAUAUAUAUAUAAUGUUGCCAUUCUCUUCUCCUCUCACCCUCUCUCUGUGCCGGGGCCUAAAUCCUGCGCUACAUUUUCAAAAAUCUCAGCAAGGCUACCUGGGAAUAUUCCAGUGAGGCUGCAGCCUAAUAAAUGGCAUUAAACACCGCACUCAGUCAUCAUAAACUCACCACAGAAACACUUGAGGUCACUGUAAGAGGGUUUGUUUUUUUUGUUUUUUUUUUCGUGCGGGUGGGUUGUUAUCGCGAGGAACUCUGAAGCUCAAGAGGUGAAGUGAAGCGAGAGUGUUUUUCUACGUCGACGCUUCCAGGGUGGCACAGAAAGAGGGACGUCUGCAGGCUCCUGUGGCUUGACAUGAAUAUAGACUCACAUAUAUGCUUUCAUUUGAUGUUAUUAAGGGGUGUGUGGAUCUGUGAAUUUCCUCCGCGGUGACGGCGCUGCUCGUCACACAUCUGUAGCCGCUGGAAUCCUGUUUUCAGCACCUGGACAGCUCCCGGUCGUGAACCUCUCCUCCUUAUUAUCGGGCACAUGGAGUCCCUGGUGUGAUUGUGGGGGAAGCCCUGCAAGCACAUUAUGCCUCCCUCCGAACAUGUCGUUAUCUCCCUGAUUCAGUGACAGCCCUCGUCGUCUCCGCUGAAGGAUGCUGCUUUCAGUCCUGAGUAGGUGUUUUCGUCGUGCGCUGUCUUCUGAGAGGCGAUACGGGUGCUUGGCCAACGCAAAUUUAAGGGGAAUCGCAGCCUACACACAGCAAGAUCCGAGCUUCCCUCACACCGAUCAUCAUCACCAUCAUCAUCAUCAGCAUCGGCGAGAGGGGAGAUAUUACCAUCAUCACUGCGAGGGCAAAGGAGUCACGACCACACUUUGCACAAUGUAGAGAACGCAAGAGGUGUGGUAGGAGCCAGGUCUCUGCGGUGGUGAAAUCACAUUUCACACUUGAGGUCAUUUAGUGUGAACGACUAAUUGCAGCAACAAGACCUCAACAUGAGCAACCCCCAGGCACCUCCCCAGGCCGGAGCCUCAGAGCUGGAGGUGAUCUCCCAGCAGGUGGAGGAGGAUAACCAGUGCGUGGCCCCUGUCCAGCUGGUCAGCUUCGCCUACAGAGACUUGCCUUUGGCUGCCCUGGACAUAUCCCUCGCUGGAUCCCAGCUCAUCUCGAACCCGGACGAAGAGGACAACAGAGAGGGGUCGAACUGGCUGAAGCCAUGCUGCGGGCGAAGGGCAGCGCUGUGGCAGGUCUGUCUGCUGUCGGCGGGCUUCAACUGUUUCCUGGUGGCCUGUGUCAUUCUGGUGGUGCUGCUGCUGACGCUGGAGCUGCUCAUAGACACCAAGCUGUUGCAGUUUAACAAUGCAUUCCAGUUUGCCAGCAUCAUCCACUGGAUCAGCCUGGCUAUUCUCUCUGUGUUCUUCACCGAGACGGUGUUCAGGAUCGUGGUGUUGGGGAUAUGGGAUUACAUAGAGAACAAAGUAGAGGUGUUUGAUGGAGCUGUCAUCGUCCUCUCUCUGGCCCCCAUGGUGGCCUCUACAGUGGCCAACGGCCCCAGCAGCCCCUGGGACGCUAUCGGUCUCAUCAUCACACUGCGCAUCUGGAGGGUCAAGAGGAUCAUCGAUGCCUAUGUGCUGCAAGUGAAGGUGGAGAUGGAGCUGGAGAUCCAGCAGUACGAGAAGGCCAAGGCGGUGAGGGAGGAACAGCUUGACCGUCUCACCCAGAUCUGCCAGGAACAGGCGUUUGAAAUCAGGCAGCUGAGGGCCCACCUGGCCCAGCAGGACCUUGAUCUGGUAGCAGAGCGUGAAGCAGCCAUGCAGAUCCACCAUAUGUGGGGUAAACAGAGCAGCAGUUUCCAGGAGGUGGACGGACUGGCCCCUGGGGCCUCCGAGCAUCACGGGCCAGCCAAAGCCAGAGAGCCCGGGGGGCCUGCAGAUCACCAUGGUCAAGAUGACAUGAACAACUACAUCAGCCAGUACUACAGUGAGCCAAGCAGCGACAUGGGGAUCCCAGACCCUGCACGUGUCAUCACCACAGCAGCCAUAGACGUGCACCUGCCUAACAACCCCAGCCAGCUUCCCUCCUCUUUGGUGAGUGCCGACGCAGUGCCGUCCAGCCGCUUGCAGCGCACCGGCAGCUCUGUCAGCGAAGCCUCCACCACCACAGUGUCCCGCAGCAGCUUCAGCGCUCGCCAGCACAGCAUCAGCAGCCACACGCUGGGCUCCACCACGGACUGCAGCUCCACGGUGCGGGAGGCCUCCACCUCCACAGAUUACAGCGACCAACGCUGCUACCCUCCGCCCUACAGCAGCCCUCUCGCCCUGGGCACUCAGCCGCGAGGGAGUCCCAGCGCUGUGAUGCAGGAACUGCUCUCCUCUUUGUCCGAGAACGCCUGUCUCACCCAAAAGGGCCUGGACCCCGUCAACCUUAAACCCCCCAGCCCGGCAGGUUCCACCAAAACCAGCCCCGAGCUGGAGCACAGGGUCAACAUCUACAACAAGAGGAACCAGGAGAGCAGAGUCGGGCUGCACUCCAAGCCUCUCAUCCAUCUGCAGGGCAACGAGCCACUCCUAGAGGAGAAGUACAGGAUGAUGGAGCCAGUAGCAACCCCUGUCAGCCGUCUGUCAGAGACAUAGGACUCCGCCUGACAUGUGGAACAACCGCAAAAAUGAACGCUCUACUAAACUCCGGUGUUGAUGGGAGUCACUGGCACAUGAACCGUAUGUCUGUCAUCCUCUUUGUACUGUUGGGACUGAGAGGAUGAACUUGCCAGAGCAGCACAAAAACAAGAGGGCAUGAAAGACUGGAGGAGGCAAAGAUGUUAUCAGGCACCACUUAUCAGGAAUUGACACUCACAAAAACAUUUUUUGAGUUUUAUGAAAAAUUUUACCAAAAGAAACCAGCAACAGGGCUUGAGCCCAAAAUUUUCAGACAUCUGGUCUGCGCAGAAAAAAAAAUCUGGCUUUUGAUAUGUUAAGUUGUGGUUCAAGGGGAUGGUGCUGAGGGCUUAGUUCCUCUGAUACACUUUGUAGGAAUUGGAGACGCUGGACAGAUGAGAUGACUUAUUGGAGGGCCACAAACUGUGAAUCACUUCCUGCAAGCUACAAGGCAUGACUUAAUCCCAAGUGCAGGUGUAUCAGCUGUUUUGAUAGUCAGUCCAGUGUCUCCAAACUCACAAAGAACAGUCCUCUUUGACGGGACUGCUGCAGGGUACAUUGGAUCAGUCUCGACUUCUUUCUAAUCUUUGUCUUUCUAUAUUAGCAAUGUUAACAUUUUUAUCUAAAGUCUACGAGAGGGAAGAGUGUGGGAAACUUUUGACUGAUGGAUGAUUCAAGUGAUUCAGAGUUUUUAUCCAGGUGCCAUGACUGGAAUCUGACCAAACCCAGCUGAGUCAGUGUUUACUGAGAUUUUGCAAAUGACAGCAUGUCCCACAUGCACCAAAUUCAUUUUAAAAAAAGCUACCUGCACAUGAUAGAUUUGAUAUCAUUCAGGUCCAAAAUAUUACCUUUUUAUGAUUUUAAUAUUUGGGAGCUGUGUAAAUAUUUCAGACUGGGUUUAUCACAGCCAAAAACAGCGAGGGACUUGAAGCUGAGCUAGUCAAAAUGUCGAAAAAGAAAAUCAUAGCAUGAACCUUGAAGAUUUGCCUCUUAAAUAUCGAAACUAACCCUGUUUAUUGUACUGUCAACAGGCAUUUUCUAUCUUGAUCAUGGAGAGAGGGUACUGCAAAAUGAAUCAAUAAAGAGAAAACAUGGCAAGUUA